AUGGAAGCUUGGCAAGAGAAAAGAAACCUCGCCGAGAGUGUUACGUAUGCAUUCGAUCAUAGUUUGUGGACGGACGUGGAAUUAGUGUGUACGAACGAGAAUGGAGAAACACUACAAAUAAAGGCCCACAAGAUGAUGCUUGCAUCCCGUAGUCCUGUUUUCGAGGCCAUGUUGUUUGGUCCAGCGGCUGACAAAGGGAACACAAUACAGAUCACAACCUUCAGUUACGAGCAGAUGGACCUACUUAUAAGGUUUCUCUAUUCUGAGGCCAUAGAAAUCUCCGAUGAUAAUGCUGGGAACGUUUUGAAGACUGCCCAUUUCUUCCAAGUCCCAUCACUGGUCGAAAAAUGCUGCCAGUUACUACAAAAUCGUGAUCUGGCAGAGAACGACGUUGAAGAUGAUGAUGACAAUGAGGAAGAGGAUGACAAUGGGGAUUAG